AUGGAGCUCACGGAGCCCACGUUAUCGAUUAACCGAGAGGGUUCAAACUCGGACAUAACUGAAGUCACGGACGGAAAAGAAGCUACUGUCAUUGAAAAUACGCAGAAUGAUUGUGGAAAACGUAAGAAUGACGAACCAGAGGAAAGCGAAGGAAGGCGGCGAGGGAAGAGGCGCAGAGGAGCGGGAGGAAAGAAAGUGCGGCCCGGAGAGAGAUACAUCCCUCCGCCUCAGAAACGGAACCCGACUGUCAGCUUCAACGAGGAACAUUUCAACGAGACCACGUACUAUUUUGAAAACGGACUUCGCAAAGUGCGUCCUUACUACCACGACUUCAAAACGUACUGCAAAGGCCGCUGGAUAGGCAAGACUCUGAUGGAAGUGUUCAAGAGUGAGUUCAGAGCUGAGUCCAUGGAAUACUACCAGAGAGCGGCUGAAGAGGGACGCAUCCGCCUCAACGACACCCCGGUGAAAGACCUCUCCAUUGUUCUCAGGAACAAUGACCACAUGAGGAACACUGUGCACCGCCAUGAGCCUCCUGUGGUGGGGAGACCUUUGGAGAUCUUGGCUGAUAACGGUGAAAUUCUGGUGGUGGACAAACCCGCCUCUAUUCCAGUGCAUCCGUGCGGCCGCUUCAGACACAACACUGUCAUCUUCAUCCUGGGCAAAGAGCAGGGCAUCUCAGAGCUCCACACAGUGCAUCGACUGGACAGACUCACCUCAGGAGUGCUGCUGUUUGCACGGAAUCUGGAGACUUCAAAGAGGCUGGACCAGCUUGUCCGAGACAGACAGCUUGUAAAGGAGUACGUGUGUCGGGUGGAAGGAGAGUUCCCAGAAGGAGAGAUUACCUGUGAAGAGCCCAUCCUGGUGGUUUCUUUCAAAAUCGGUUUGUGUCGUGUGGAUCCUAAAGGUAAAGAAAGCCGUACUGUGUUUGAGAGGCUCCACUUUGACGGUCAAACAAGUGUGGUGCGAUGUUUACCACUCACCGGCCGCACACACCAGAUCAGAGUGCACCUGCAGUACCUGGGGUUCCCAAUCCUCAACGACCCCAUAUAUGGGUCCUAUGCCUGGGGUCCACUCCGGGGGAAAGGGGGGCUGGUGAGCAGGACUAAUGAGGAGCUGCUGCAGGCGCUGGUCGAAGAGCAUGAACUCCUGGACACGGCCGAGAACGCAGCUGGAGAGGUUGAAGGCGUGAAGACAAAAAGUGAUUGCACAGAUGAAGAGGCCAGUGCCACCAAUGAGCUGUCUAGUACCAGUGUUGGAGAUGAUGUGGAUUCUACCGCUCCAACAUGUAGCACCAUCGAGAAAAAUGGCACAAGUAAUGAGGACCCUGUCAAAGACUCAGAGACGGAGGCCACAGUUUCAAGCAAGAAGGCUUCCAACAGUGAGCUUGACCAUCUGUGCAGUGAAUGCAAACUUGUACGAGCCGACCCCACGGAGAAGGAACUCGUCAUGUAUCUCCACGCCUUACGCUACAAAGGUCCUGACUUUGAAUAUUCAACACGGUUACCUGACUGGGCCAAAGAGGAUUGGAAAGAGACAUGUUAA